AUGGCUUCUUCUUUGCCACAUCUUGUAUGGUUUGUGGCUAUACUUUCGAUAUCCAAUAGUGUAGAAGCAAGUCAUAAUCCUUACUCAUGGAGAAAAUAUUAUAGUUACAAGCCAGCACCAACGUUUACGCCUAACCCUGACAAGUCACUAGGUCAAUCAUCUCCAUCACCACAACCAUCAUCCUCGGAUUAUUACAUUUCUAGUCCACCAUCACCUUUAGGGUGGUUCUCUCCUCAACCCUCACUAGUGCCUUCACCUACACCAACCUCAUCACCACUAUCGCCGUCCCCUCCCUCACCUUCAAAAUGGGCAUGGGAACCAUCUCCUAGUUAUACGACAUCUCCUCAAUUAUCGCCAGUACUUGCACCAUCUAAUCCUGACCAGUCCCCACCAUCACCUAUCGAAUGGUUCUCUCGUCGACCUUCCCAAGUGCCUUCACCGGCUAUAUCACCAUCACCCUCACCCUCACAUUUAAGAUGGGCCCCAUCCCCAUAUUCCUAUUCAUGGGAACCAUCUCCUAGUUAUACGACAUCUCCUCAAUCAUCGCCUGUACUUGCACCAUUUGAUCCUGACCAGUCCCCACCAUCACCUAUCGAAUGGUUCUCUCCUCGACCUUCCCCAGUGCCUUCACCAGCGACAUCACCACUAUCACCAUCACCAUAUGAUAACAGUUCACCACCCUCGCCUUCAGAAUGGGCACCAUCUCCUCAGUCUUCGGUUGUACCUGUACCUGCACCUGCACCUUCAUAUUCUCCACCACCAUACUACUAUAAAUCUCCACCUCCUCCAUCACCAUCUCCCCCUCCUCCUUAUUACUAUAACUCUCCUCCCCCACCAUCACCUUCUCCUCCUCCUCCAUACGUUUACAAGUCACCAUCUUCACCUCCACCUCCUCCAUAUUACUACAAUUCACCACCGCCACCAUCUCCAUCCCCUCCUCCUCCAUAUUACUACAAUUCACCACCACCACCAUCUCCUCUACCUCCACCACCUCCAUCUUACUAA